GCCUCGGAGUUUACUCUCUCCCGGUCCUGUCAAGCACCUGGCUCUUGCUCCCGUACCAAGAUGGCGGCAGAAGCAGCUGGUGGCAAAUACAGGAGCACAGUCAGCAAAAGCAAAGACCCCUCGGGGCUGCUCAUCUCGGUGAUCAGGACUCUGUCUACAAGUGAUGAUGUUGAAGACAGAGAGAAUGAGAAGGGCCGCCUUGAAGAAGCCUAUGAGAAGUGUGACCGCGACCUGGACGAGCUGAUCGUCCAGCACUACACAGAACUGACCACAGCCAUCCGCACGUACCAGAGCAUCACAGAGCGCAUCACCAGCUCUCGGAGUAAGAUCAAGCAGGUAAAAGAGAAUCUACUUUCCUGCAAGAUGCUAUUGCAUUGCAAACGGGAUGAACUUCGUAAACUAUGGAUUGAAGGAAUUGAGCACAAGCAUGUCCUGAACCUGCUGGAUGAAAUUGAGAACAUCAAGCAAGUGCCUCAAAAGCUGGAACAGUGCAUGGCCAGCAAGCACUACCUCAGUGCCACUGACAUGCUGGUGUCAGCAGUGGAGUCUCUGGAGGGACCGCUGCUUCAAGUGGAAGGACUCAGUGACCUCAGGCUGGAACUUCACAGCAAGAAGAUGAACCUGCACUUGGUUCUCAUAGAGGAACUGCACCGGCAUCUGUAUAUCAAAUCCACCAGCCGGGUGGUGCAGCGUAACAAGGAGAAAGGGAAGAUGAGUUCUCACGGCAAAGAUGUCUCUCCCGGUCCUCUCAUUGAAGUUACAAACAUUCCGACUCCACGCAAAUUCCUUGAUGCCGCUCAGUAUUCUACUGCUGGAAGCUCAAGUGGGAGGGAGAUGAACCUGCAAGACAUCAAGGAGGACUUGGAGUGUGACCCCGAGGAGAACAGCACUCUCUUCAUGGGGAUUCUCAUUCAGGGGCUGGCCAGACUGAAGAAGGUCCCUGAGACAGUUGAAGCCAUUAAAGAGCGCUUGGAGCAGGAGCUGAAGCAGAUCGUGAAGAGGUCCACCACGCAGGUGGCUGACAGCAGCGAUCAGAGGGGAGAGAGCCUCGCCGUGGACAACCAGCCCAGGUUACUUCUAGAACUGCUGGAACUAUUGUUUGACAAGUUUAAUGCUGUAGCCACUGCACACUCUGUGGUUCUGGGGUACCUGCAGGACUCUGUUGGGACCCAACCAACACAGCAGGAAGAAGAGAUCAAAUUAUACGAUAUGGCAGAUGUGUGGGUAAAGAUCCAAGAUGUGCUGCAGAUGCUGUUGAGAGAGUACUUGGAUAUGAAGAACACACGCACCGCAUCAGAACCAUCAGCUCAGUUAAGCUAUGCCAGUACUGGACGGGAGUUUGCAGCCUUCUUUGCCAAGAAGAAACCACAAAGGCCAAAGAAUUCUCUUUUCAAGUUCGAAUCAUCCUCCCAUGCUAUCAGCAUGAGUGCCUAUCUGCGAGAGCAGAGAAGGGAGCUCUACAGUCGGAGUGGGGAACUUCAAGGAGGUCCUGAUGACAACUUAAUCGAAGGUGGAGGAACAAAAUUUGUUUGCAAACCUGGAGCCAGGAAUAUUACCGUCAUAUUCCAUCCAUUACUGAGAUUUAUUCAGGAGAUUGAACAUGCCCUUGGACUUGGCCCUGCCAAACAGUGCUCUCUUCGAGAGUUCCUCACCAUUUAUAUCAAAAACAUCUUCCUUAAUCAGGUCUUGGCUGAGAUCAACAAGGAGAUUGAAGGAGUCACCAAAACAUCUGACCCUUUGAAGAUCCUUGCUAAUGCCGACACCAUGAAGGUUCUGGGGGUGCAGAGGCCUCUUCUACAGAGCACAAUCAUUGUGGAGAAGACAGUGCAGGACCUCAUGAACCUGAUGCAUGACCUCAGUGCGUACUCGGACCAGUUCCUCAGCAUGGUGUGCGUGAAGCUGCAGGAGUACAGGGACACCUGCUCCACAGCCUACAGGGGCAUUGUCCAGUCAGAAGAGAAACUUGUCAUCAGCGCCUCUUGGGCAAAAGAUGAUGAUAUCAGCAGACUCUUGAAAUCACUGCCAAAUUGGACUAACAUGGCUCAGCCCAAACAGCUGAGGCCUAAGAGGGAGGAGGAGGAAGACUUCAUAAGGGCAGCCUUUGGCAAAGAGUCUGAAGUUCUGAUCGGAAACCUUGGUGACAAGCUCAUUCCUCCACAAGAUAUCCUCCGUGAUGUCAGUGACCUCAAAGCCUUGGCCAACAUGCAUGAAAGCCUUGAAUGGCUGGCAGGACGAACGAAGUCAGCCUUCUCCAACCUCUCUGCAUCCCAGAUGCUUUCUCCUGCUCUAGAGAGCCACGUGAACAUGGACCUUCCCCCCGUGUCUGAACAGAUCAUGCAGACACUGAGUGAACUUGCCAAGUCUUUCCAGGACAUGGCUGACCGCUGCCUGCUCGUCCUGCAUCUGGAAGUGAGAGUUCAUUGUUUCCACUAUCUCAUCCCUCUGGCAAAGGAGGGGAACUAUGCCAUCGUUGCCAAUGUGGAAAGCAUGGACUAUGACCCUCUGGUGGUCAAGCUCAACAAAGACAUCAGUGCCAUGGAAGAGGCCAUGGGCGCCAGCCUCCAGCAGCACAAGCUCCAGCACAUCUUUGAAGGUCUGGGGCACCUCAUCUCCUGCAUCCUCAUCAAUGGGGCCCAGUACUUCCGGCGCAUCAGUGAGUCUGGCAUCAAGAAGAUGUGUAGGAACAUUUUCAUACUCCAGCAGAACCUGACCAACAUCACCAUGUCACGGGAGGCGGACUUGGACUUUGCAAGGCAGUACUACGAGAUGCUGUAUAACACAGCCGAUGAGCUCCUGAACCUGGUGGUGGACCAGGGCGUGAAGUACACGGAGCUGGAGUACAUCCACGCCCUGACCCUGCUGCACCGCAGCCAGACCGGCGUCGGGGACCAGACCACCCAGAACACCAGGCUGCAGAGACUCAAGGAGAUCAUCUGUGAGCAGGCUGCCAUCAAGCAAGCCACCAAGGACAAGAAAAUAACCACCGUGUGAGGGGGUGCGCCACAGUGGGUGUGGGGAGG